AAGAUGGCGCUCGUGGCUAUGCUGAGAGUGCAGCGUGAAGCUGCAGUUCUGCCAUCACUCAAGAUGGCUGCCCCCAUCAAGAUGACCGGGGUGUGCCGGGGGGAAAGGGGCAGCUUGAUGGUCUGAGAUGGUCUAGCGUCGGACCAUGUGGAAGUUCCUGGGACUGGGGAACCAGAUGAUGGGGGGUGGGGCCCGGGGUGGCUAGAGGGAGCAGUAGCUUCUUUCCCCAGGCCAACCCUCCCUCCCUGUCUCUGGACUAACAUGGGGAACACGCUGGGCCUGGCACCGCUGGGGACUUUGCCCCGCCGGAGCCCGCGCCGAGAGGAACCUCUACCCAACCCUGGGAGCUUCGAUGAGCUGCACCGGCUCUGCAAAGAUGUCUUCCCAUCACAGAUGGAGGGAGUGAAGCUCAUUGUCAACAAGGUGCUGAGCAGUCAUUUCCAGGUGGCUCACACCGUGCACAUGAGUGCCCUGGGUUUGCCCGGCUAUCACCUCCAUGCAGCCUAUGCAGGGGACUGGCAGCUUAGCCCUACGGAGGUGUUCCCCACCGUGGUAGGGGAUAUGGACAGCAGUGGCAGCCUCAACGCCCAGGUCCUGCUCCUCUUGGCAGAGCGGCUCCGAGCUAAGGCUGUCUUCCAGACUCAGCAGGCCAAGUUCCUGACAUGGCAAUUUGAUGGCGAGUAUCGGGGAGAUGACUACACAGCCACUCUGACCCUAGGGAAUCCCGACCUGAUUGGGGAAUCAGUGAUCAUGGUCGCUCACUUCCUGCAGAGCCUCACUCAUCGGCUGGUGCUGGGAGGAGAGCUAGUGUACCAUCGGCGGCCGGGCGAAGAGGGGGCCAUCUUGACACUGGCCGGGAAGUACUCGGCUGUACACUGGGUAGCUACAUUGAAUGUGGGCUCAGGUGGGGCCCAUGCAAGUUACUACCACAGAGCAAAUGAACAGGUUCAGGUUGGAGUGGAGUUCGAGGCAAACACAAGGCUCCAAGACACAACCUUCUCCUUUGGUUACCACCUGACCCUGCCCCAGGCCAACAUGGUGUUUCGAGGCUUGGUGGACAGUAACUGGUGUGUAGGUGCUGUGCUGGAGAAGAAGCUGCCCCCCCUGCCGGUCACCCUGGCCCUCGGAGCCUUCCUCAAUCACUGGCGCAACAGGUUCCACUGUGGCUUCAGCAUCACCGUGGGCUGAGCUUGUCCCUGAGCCGGCCCCACGGCAGCUGGAACCUCUGAGUUGGGUGCCCCACGGCUCGAGCUCAUCCUGCUGGGUUGCCUCUCGAUCCCAGGAGCAGAGUGGGGCUCAGGACCAUGCCCUCCUCAGAACUGGGGCUGCCACAGGGGCAGCCGAUGAGGCGGUGGCUUGAGGAUUUCCCCUUGGCCACCAGCCUCACUUUCAUCUUCCCCGUGCUCUUGUGGCUCUGGACUAAGGGAGAGGGAUUAAGAGGAGUGUCGGACUGAAUCCCAGCCUCCUUCCUUCCUCGCUUCCCUGAGCAUUCAAGCUCUGGAUCUCUUGCUCUUCAGAGCAGAGAAGUCUGCCUGGGGUUAGCUCCCCAAUGCUGGGAAAAGUGGGGCUGAAAGGCUAAAUCUUUGGCCUCAGAAAGUGGGGGCCACCCUUCCCCAGAAGGAGCUUUCUUCUUAGUUCGAAGACUUCCUCCUUCCCUAUCUUCUGUGCUUCCAGAGAACAACGUUGUCUCCAUGGCCCCCCGACACCCCCCGACCGCAUGAAGAGGCAGAUAUUGCUUUAGUCUUUCAUUGCAACCACUGGGCUCCCUUUGCACUGGCCCCAGCCUUGUCCCCUCUGCAGUCCAGCAAGUCCAGGUGGGCUGGGGGAGAAGGUGAGCCCGGCCUCAGCUGCAGAUCUCCUGGAGCAGUGGCAUCAUGGCCAGCAGUCCCUGGAUGCGCUGUAUUUGAUACCAGUAUGCGUCGUUGAUGCUCCGAAGCUCGGCCAACAGCCCCAGCAGCUUUGCGUACAGAAACCUUUGGAAGAAGUAGUGGGGUCACCAGGGAAAGAGGAGGAAAAUAAGGCAACUGGGAGUCUUAUCCUAAGGCCCUGCCCCUCAGUGAAGCUGGGGCUGAGCCUGAGAGAAAAUCAUGCUCUGGUGUGACAAAUUCAUCAGAAAUUAAUUACACAGGUCCCCAACAGGCCUCUGUCUGAUGGCGUCUUCUCUCACUAUGGCUGGCUCUUCCUGGCCUCAGAGCUCGGAGGGCCAGGCAUGAAGAGAGUCCAGAACUUUCUGUGCUGUGGAAUCUGAGGGUCUGGCCUUCUAGAAUGCAUUCUAGAAGGUGGAUGUGUUCCAUGGUGUAGAGCAUCCCUUUCUGGCCAAAUUGGCUCAUUGAGGAAUGCGCAAGAACAGAAGUGGCACGUACCUCAGAGCCUGGGUUGAUCAUGGACUGCUGGGAGAGGGAAUGGCUUUGGCUGUGAAACGAUGACCACAACUUCAAGGGCAAUGAGAAAAGAAAGGAGUUGGCCCAUUGAAGAGGAGAGGCAGGGCCAAGGGAAAGAGUAGCCAGGACUCUUAGAAGUGUCUGGAGCAGUUGGAGUGGGGAGGGGAGGGGUGUCAUCAGUCUCAGGAAUGCGGUCAUAUGGAGCGUGUGAGCUACUACUUUGCAUCUCUACUGAAUAAAAACAUCUGGAAAAAGUGAAAUCAAUCAGCCGUAA